AUGUCCGAAGAAAGCGGAACGCUGUGGGUGUUGCUGUAUGGCUGCGAUCGGUCACAAACAGGAGAUUUCGCAGCGGCCACGCAGGUGCAGCUUCCACUGCGCGAGGUGUUGAUCGAGGUUAUUGAAAUGGGGCAGUUCAAAAGAGAUAGGAGGGAUCCUGGCUCCAAAUCGUUAGUGGUAGGAGGCUGUUGUUUUAGCAAACUCCAGCAUUGUUAUAAACUUAGUAGGAUUAUUGCGUUUGUGUAGUA